ACUUUAAAUAUAAAGUUUUGCAAACUCUAAAAUACAUAGUUUUUUUGGAGAUGCUCUUAGAACUUCAAAAUCCUCCGCCGGUGAACACGGAUAAUAAAUCUUAUUUCUACAUGAGGAACCAUCAGAUAGUAAAUCUUGAAAUUUUUUGAGAGAUUUAACAUUUAAAUAUAUUUAGAACACUAUCUAAACAAAAAUAACUUUAAAAUUGUCUAACUAGCGCCAAACCAAUAAAAACUAGAAAAAUAUAACACUAUGUAGACUAAUAUAUAUCUAAUUUGUAGAAAAAUGAAGAUCUCUCAAAGAGAUUCUAAGCAAUAAAAUAAGUAGAAAAUGAGUUGAAAAAUAUUGUUAUUUUUAAAGUAAGAGAAAGUAAUUUAAAAUGGAUAUCUCAUUUGAGGUACUCAAAAAAAAUUUUCUGAGAAAUCCAAAGACACUUGUUAAAUAAAUAUUUAAAUUUUUUAUAAAAAUAUUAUAAAUGGUGAGAUAGAUACUCUUGGUGAGAUAGAUACUCUUGAGAGUAUCUAACCACUAAUAAUGUUCUAAGUCUUUUGUAUUAUUGAAAUCUUAUCUUUAGUUGCCUUGUAAUAGUCCAAUAUUAUUCUAAUAUUGAUUACAAUUUACAAUGUAAAACAAUUCUCUAAUAUCAUAAUAUGAUAAUACUAGAAAUGAAAUGAAAUUAGAACAAGUCCGGUCUUAAGAUUUUAGUGGUUAAAGAUAAUUUUUAAUAAGUUUAAUGUUUUUUUCUUUUACAAUUUAGUUUAUAUCUAUGUAUGUAACCCUUCAAAUUUGGGGGGACCAACAAUAGUGUUCACAUUGUGAUGUCCAAGACCCGUCCUGGUUGGCUACUAUAUCAAAGGAAACAAAUCAAUUUGAAAUACCAACAAAUAUAUAGGAUAUACAUAUCUGUUAACUUUUUUUGGCAUAUGUAUUGACUAUUGACUAUACUUAUUUGCUUUCUGUUGAAGAUUACUGGGGCGGUAAGUAUCUGAACUUCUUUGUCCAAAACAAUUAUGGUAAAAACUAUAUCAAAGGAAACAAAUCAAUUUGAAAUACCAACAAAUAUAUAGGAUAUACAUAUCUGAACUCUUUUACUGACUAUACUUAUUUGCUUUCUAUGAAAGAUUACUUGGGCGAUAAGUAUCAGAACUUCUUUGUCCAAGAUAAUUAAGGUAAAAAUUUAUAAAGUAUAUAUAGUCUUUUUUUUUGUUAAUUCACUAUAUCACGACCAUAAGAAAAAUAGUAUAAAUAUUAUUUGAAACCCAUAAUUAUCAUCAAGUGAUUCUUUAGUUCUACAAUGAAGCUUCUGUUGCUGCUGCUUGCCUUCUGCUGCCUUUCUCUAUCAAGCUGUGAAGAAAAGUACGUACCAUAUGAUUACUCGGCAACGAUAGAGUGUCUAGGGAACCCUAAUAAACCACAGUACAAUGGAGGAAUCAUCGUGAACCCUGAACUACAAAAUGGUUCACAGGGCUGGUCACAACUGGGAAACGUCAAAGUCGAUUUCACAGAAUCUGGAGGCAAUAAGUUUGUUAUUGCACGAGGGAGGAAUCAAUCUUAUGAUAGCGUCUCUCAAAUGGUUUAUUUGGAAAAGGGACUUCUCUACACUUUCUCUGCUUGGUUACAAGUAAGCCAAGGGAACGCUCCUGUGAGAGCCGUUUUCAAGAAGAAUGGUGAAUAUAAGCAUGCCGGUUCAGUUAUUGCUGAAUCCAAAUGCUGGUCCAUGCUCAAAGGUGGUCUCACUGUUGAUGAAUCUGGUCCCGCCGAUCUCUUAUUUGAGAGCGAGGACAUAAGCGCUGAGAUUUGGGUGGACAGCGUCUCGUUGCAACCAUUCACACAAGAAGAAUGGAACUCUCACCACGAGCAGAGCAUUAACAUGAAGAGGAAAGGAGCCGUGAGGAUCAGAGCCGUAAACAGCGCCGGUGAGCCAGUACCGAACGCAACCAUCUCCAUCUUACAGAACAGACUCGGGUUCCCAUUCGGGUGCGCCGUAGAAAAUAACAUACUUGGGAACCAAGCAUACCAAGACUGGUUCACUAAGAGAUUCACCGUGACAACUUUCGGGAACGAGAUGAAAUGGUACAGCACGGAAGUUGUAAGAGGCAAAGAGGAUUACUCGACCGCAGACGCGAUGGUGAAAUUGUUCCAGCAACAUGGGAUCGCUAUUCGUGGCCACAAUAUUAUAUGGGACAACCCUAUUUAUCAACCUAGUUGGGUGAACGCUUUGAGCGUAUCCGAUCUCUACAACGCCGUGAAGAGAAGGGUUUUCUCGGUGGUCACAAGGUACAAAGGCCAGCUUGCGGGUUGGGACGUUGUGAAUGAGAAUCUCCAUUUCUCAUUCCUUGAGAGCAAGUUUGGUCCCAAAGCCUCUUACAACGUCUUUGCGCAGGCGCAUGCCCUUGAUCCAAAGACUACAAUGUUUAUGAAUGAAUACAAUACGUUAGAGCAACCGGGGGACCCGGUUGCUACUCCAGCAAGGUAUUUGCAGAAGCUUAGAGAGCUUCAAUCUAUUCAUAUGGCCGGAAACAUUCCUUUAGGGAUCGGUCUUCAGUGUCAUUUCAGUACUCCUAACAUUCCGUAUAUGAGAUCAGCUAUUGACACUCUUGCUGCCACUGGUUUGCCUAUUUGGCUCACUGAGGUCGACGUCGCAGCUCCUCCAAAUGUUCAGGCCAAUUAUUUCGAGCAAAUCUUAAGGGAAGGCCACGCACAUCCGCAAGUGAAAGGAAUGGUGACAUGGGCAGGUUAUAAUCCAAAAGGUUGCUAUCGAAUGUGCCUCACUGAUGGCAACUUCAGGAACCUACCCACCGGAGACGUUGUGGACAAACUUCUGCGAGAGUGGGGAGGGCUUAGUGGGCAAACCACAGGUUUAACUGAUGCUGAUGGAUUCUUUGAAGCUUCACUCUUCCAUGGUGACUACAAUCUCGAUAUUUCCCACCCUCUCACCAAUUCCACAGCUUCUCACAGCUUUAAGUUGGCUUCUGAGGACUCCAACCCAUCUCCUUCAAUUGUCUUUCGAGUUUGAGACGCUAAGUUUACAACUACUUUGUAAUGGAGUAGUUUGAUUUUUAAUUUUAGUCUUGUGUAAGGAAACUCCAGAGGGUUAUUAUUAUUCAUAAACACCAAUUAGGUUGGUUUACUAAAGUUUAAGCCCUUGAUAACAUCUAUCAAUCAAUAAUAUAUACUUAUAAGCAA